AUGCUUCGGAACGCUGCGGAACGCUUCUGGAACGCAUUAUCACAUAUCGAUAUGGACCAGCGCUGGAUACGCUGGAGGUUCGCAUUGAUCGGAUGGGUCGAGGACCAGGCAUCCGUGACGGCGAAAAGGAACGAACAGGUGCGCAUCGAGUUUACAGGCAAUGGACAACAAGAUUAUCCAUUGAAUAUUGAUUACAAUGUGGCCGCCGAGCCUCGACAGACGAUUCCCGGAGGGUACCCAAGUCCGGAUAUCGAUACUAACAUGCCAGGAAGUAAGUCCUCGUCCCUCGUGGGCUGGAGGCAACCCGAUGAACCUAUACCAGGUGAUAAGUCCUCGUCUACACAAGGCUGGAGGCACCCUGAUGAACUAGUACAUACCAAUAACGUAGAACUAAGGCAUGUAACUGUACCAGCGCAUAUAGUUAGUCAAAUGCGUACUGUAGAGCAGAAACCAGUGAGUACUCACACUACUGGGCUCGCAGAAAUAGCAAAUAACGGUACAGAGAGCGGAAACGCUCAGGCGAUUGUUCUUGAGGAUUCAGACAGUCUAGUUCAGGAUGAACAGGCGAUUGGAUUCGAGGAUUCGUCCAAUCGAGUACAGAAGGUCGAGUUUGAGGAUUCAACUCACCGAGUACAGGCGAUUGAGCUUGAGGAUUCGCUCUAUCGAUUUCAGGCUACCGAGUUUGAGGAUUCACUCGAUAGAGGACAGGCGAUUUGGUUUGAGGAUUCACCAAGUCGAUAUAGAGAGCUAACGGCGAGCAUCGAGGAAUUUGCAAGCCAGUACAAGAAUUACAGAGUGCAUAUAGUCAGUAUCAGUGAGAGCGUGGAUAAGUAUCCAGUGAGCGCACUUACUUCAGAACGGAAACACAUCGACAACAGCGAUGCAGCGAAGAAGCAGCCAGGACUCGAAGGACAAGAGUAA